GCAAUAUAGUGUUAUUUAGAUUGCCAUCAAAGAUACCGGGAUGCUCGGAUACAGAAUUUACCUUUAUCAGCUCGGCUUGGUUCUCUUUGCCUUAACGGCUAACAGCAUAGAAUUAGCCGAUCAGAUACAUGGGAAACUAUGUGAUAAAAUUGAUGACGGAAAAUUUCGUGGAGAACUGAUCAGAUGUAUGAAGAUGAUGCCUUUGGAGGUGCAAAUAGUGUGGAAAAGUUGUGGGGCUAAAUACUUCAAUAGAACGAAGCCGGCUUGUGAUUACUGUGAAAUUAUCAAUGAAAUGUGUGCGAACCCAAUGUAUGCACAAAAUGUUAGCAGCUGCGUAGAAAAGUUCAAAGAUAAUUAUCAUCAUCAUGAUUCAUCCCAUGACUCUGAGGAGCAUGAGCAGAAUGACAGUCAUGAUGACAGUAUGGAUGACAGCAUGGAUGAAUCAGAAGAGGAGAUGCAUGUUGUGCACGAUCUCACUGUCUUAAUAAGCAAGGAAUGUUUGAAAAAUCUUUUUUUUUCUUACAACAUCACAGUGAAAGAAGAUGAAAAAGUUAAAAAAUAAAGUUUUUCAAUAAACUUUACAUAAGAGAAAAAAAAAUUGUUCAGUGGUUGUUGAAACAGCAGAAGUUUUGCUUUUAUCUGCAAU